AUGUCUGCCCCUUCCGGUACUACGGCUGGACCAGCAAGUAAUCCUGGUGCUCAUCUUGCAGGAGCAAAGGCUUUGUUGGCAAAGAAGUUGGCUCAAAAAGAAAAUGCGGCCGCGGUAUCAUCCCCGACAGACAACAUGAUGACUCCCACGACUGCAAAAAUAAAUGCUGUGAAAAAGAAGCACUUUACCAAGGGCAAGCCAUUAAGUGGGCCUAGGUUCGGAACAGCAUUGGCAACUCAGCCCGCACCCCAAAAAUUGGAAGCCGAGGAGGAAAUCGUCAAUUCGGAUGAGGACAUCUCCAAGGCUCCUGAGCCAUGA